AUGAAAGAAUUAUCGAAAUCAGAAGAAGAAAAGGUAUCAAAUAGUCCGCAAAUAACGUGGUUAAACAUCAACGGAAACCAAAUCGGUCAUUUUGCACUGAAAUAUCUGCUAACAACUUUGGGACACGUCAAAACAUUUGUUGAAUUAAAUCUUGGUUCUAAUCAAAUCGGAGACAAAGGAACGGAAAUUCUUGUUGAUAUUUUGCAAAAUCCGGAGACGAGUUUAAACACAUUAAUUAUUUCCAACAAUCAAAUAACCAUUUAUGGAGUUCAAAUUCUUUCUGAUGUACUCAGAUACAAUAAAACAUUGAUUAAACUGGAUCUCAGUCACAAUCAAAUCAAUGCUCGAGGAGCACAACAUCUCGCAACUGCAUUGAAAUUUAAUAAUACACUCACACAUUUGAAUCUAUCGAAUAGUUCGAUCGAAAUCGAAGGUAUAAAGUAUUUCAGUAAUUUGUUACAAGAAAAUAAAACACUUACCAAACUACUUCUUUCGAAUAAUGAAAUCGGAGAUGUCGGAAUACAAUAUUUUAGCGAUGUUUUACGAAACAACACGGCGUUGACAACUAUCGAUUUUAGUGAUAAUAGUAUUGGAUAUCAAGGAGUGUUGUAUUUCAUUGAUGCCGUAAAAAUGAAUAAAGCAUUAAAAACGAUCCAUUUCGGCGGAAAUGCAGUUUCAGAUGAGAUAUCCAAUGAAUUCAAAUCAAUCCAGAAAAAACAAAAUAUUCAAAUAAUUUUGCGAUCAUCAUCAUCUUUUUAUUUUUAA